AAUACAGCCAAUAAGGAAUAUUGGCACACGUCCUCAUAGAGUGAUCAUUCACCGUUUCCCUAUCGCAGUAUCACUUCGAUGCGUUGGUCAUUACUUCGUUUGCCUGCUUUACUUCGCCGCUCGUCGAGCCGAGUUCAACCUCCAUCACCCUUGCAGUCCGUACGCUCCUUCUCAUUCUCCAGUUCCCUACGAAGCGUCGACAUGGAAACAGUAGACACCACCAAGCGGUUGGCACAUCUGCGCGACCUGAUGCGCCAGCACAAAGUCGACGUUUAUAUCGUUCCUUCGGAAGACAGCCAUCAAUCAGAAUACAUAGCCCCGUGCGACGCAAGAAGGGAAUAUAUUUGUGGCUUCACAGGGUCGGCGGGCACUGCUGUGAUCACACUAGACAAAGCUGCUCUAGCUACAGACGGGCGAUAUUUUAAUCAGGCUUCCAAACAGCUUGAUACCAACUGGUCAUUACUGAAGCAAGGCCUGGAAGAUGUUCCUACUUGGCAGGAAUGGACCAUAGAGCAGGCCUCAGGCGGAAAGACAGUAGGAGUUGAUCCAACGGUCAUUACUGCAGUAGACGCUCGAAAAUUGAGUGAAGAGCUCAAGAAGAAGUCACACGCAAGCCUGGUAGGGGUAUCAGACAACCUGAUCGAUAAGCUCUGGAACGACAGACCAGCCAGGCCGACCGGGAAGGUCAUUGUACUCGACGAAAAGUACGCAGGCAAAUCGUUCAAGGAGAAGUUGGAGGAUCUACGGAAGGAGCUCAAGAAGAAAAAGGCUGCUGGCAUGGUCGUGUCGAUGCUGGACGAAGUGGCAUGGCUGUUCAACCUUCGUGGAAGUGACAUUCCUUAUAAUCCUGUCUUCUUUUCUUACGCCGCCGUCACCCACGAUUCCGCGACUUUGUAUGUUGAUUCGAGUAAGUUGGGGUCAGAAGUCAAGGAGUAUCUGGUCGGAUCUGUCGAGAUUAAGCCGUACAACGCUCUCUUUGACGAUCUCGCAAGCCUGUCUGAAGCAGCAUCCAGUGCUGUGCAGCAAGAUGGAGACGCCCAAGCCCACGACCCCAAGCUGUUGUUAUCUAAUAGGUCAUCCUGGGCCCUGUAUUUGGGGUUGGGCGGCGAAGAAAAGGUCGAAGAAGGUCGUAGUCCUCUCUCCGAUGCCAAAGCCGUCAAGAAUGAGACUGAGCUGGAAGGGAUGCGGCAAUGCCACAUUCGAGACGGAGCGGCGCUUAUCGAAUAUUUCGCGUGGCUGGAACACGAGCUGCUCGGCGGUGCAUGGGUCGAUGAAGUUCAGGGUGCAGAUAAACUUCUAGAGAUUCGAUCAAAGGGCGAGCGUUUUAUGGGACUGUCUUUCGACACCAUCUCUUCGACGGGCCCCAAUGCUGCCGUUAUUCACUACAGCCCCGAGCGCGGCAACUGCUCUGUCAUUGACCCCCAACAAAUCUAUCUGUGUGACUCAGGCGCUCAGUAUCUUGACGGAACCACUGACACCACCCGGACAUUACAUUUCGGCGCACCUACCGAGAUGGAAGUCAAGUCGUACACCCUCGUAUUGAAGGGUCUCAUAUCUCUUGAUAGGGCUGUUUUCCCGAAAGGGACGACCGGUUUUGGGAUUGAUGCGCUUGCUCGGCAACACCUGUGGCGCGAAGGAUUAGAUUACAGACACGGUACCGGACAUGGUGUGGGAUCCUUCCUCAAUGUCCACGAAGGACCUAUCGGCAUCGGUACCCGCGCCGCUUAUUCGGAGGUGUCGAUAAGUAUUGGCAACGUUAUUUCCGACGAGCCAGGAUAUUAUGAAGAUGGCAAGUUUGGAAUUCGGAUAGAAAACAUGAUCAUGGCGCGAGAGGCCAAGACGAAUCACAAGUUUGGGGAUAAACCCUGGAUCGGAUUCGAGCACGUUACGAUGGUCCCAAUGUGCAGGAAAUUGAUCGACCCAACGAUGCUGGACCCAGAGGAACGAGAUUGGCUCAAUGAUUAUCAUAAGGAAGUGUGGGAGAAGACGAGUGGCUUCUUCAAAGAUGACGACCGGACGACACGUUGGCUAAAGAGGGAGACGGCGUCGAUAUGAUAAGCGGACCAUAGACGGGCUGCGAGCUGGAAAUCUGUCAAGUCACGCAUUGAUAACAGGGAAUUGCUCAAAGUCGUGGCGAGAUAUCUUUAAACUUCUAGACGGCAUGACAGAUUAUACUUGCAUCGUCUAGAGCUCUCGAGCAAGGGUCUAGUUUCGAUCCGCUUGAAUCAUUUUACCCGUGAACAUCGGUAAAGAAC